AUGCCUCGUAAACCGACAAGAAAAGUUACUUCUCGUCGUGUGACCACAAACACUUCUGUCGUUCAACCCACUCUUCACACAACGAAUCUAAACUCUCAAAUUCAAAUACCAACAACUCACUCCACAAUUCAAAUUCCAGCGCCACUGCUUACGCCUCAACAACAGUUAAAUAUUCAUGAUGCUUUAUCUUAUCUUGAUAAAGUAAAAGCUUCGUUUCAUGAUGACCCAAGAGUUUAUAAUCAAUUUCUUGAUAUAAUGAAAGAUUUCAAGAGUAGAAAUAUUGAUACCCAAGGCGUUAUUACCAGAGUAACAAUAUUAUUUCGGGACCAUCCGGCAUUGGUUCAAGAUUUCAAUACUUUCUUACCACCUGGCUAUCAGAUCGUAUAUCUAAUGGAUAAAGAAGACGACCCGGAUUCAGUUAAAGUUGUUACACCUUAUGGUGAUAGAUUCGUUUAUGUUGGUGAUAAACGUAGGGAUGAAGAUGGAUGUCACAUGGAUCAUUGGUAA